AUGGAUACCACGCAUUUCCUCCCUUCCUCGAAGGCAAAGACGGUCUUGCUAUUUGGCUGCCAAUGUCUCUCCUUCAAUGAAAAUGACUUCCACCGGCUCCGUGAUACGGUCCUGGACUCUCCCGAAUACGGUUGGAUGUUAGAAGUCAUCUCGGAGCUUCCUGUCUAUUAUCGGACCGCAUCUACCUAUCUUCCGAAGCUGAAGACAAUCCCCGGGGCACAACAGCUCCAUGCAUUGAAUGACUGGUUCAGGACAGGAAACGUGCCGGCUGAGAGAUUCCCAUUGCCUUAUAUCCAGCUGGCUCCACUGUUAAUGAUAACGCAUUUCCUGCAAUACCUGCAGUACAUGAAGCUCGUCUACCCAGACUGUACAGCAAAUGGGCACCUGCGUCCAUCGUCAGACCUUAUUGUGGAGAAUGUUGGAUUUUGUAUCGGGUUAUUAAGCGCUUCUAUCGUGUCCAAUUCGAUACGUGUGGACACCUUCCAAGAGCGUGCGUCGGUUGCUUUGCGGUUGUCCAUGUUGAUGGGUGCCAUUGGUGACGCUCAAGAGAUGGAGGAGGCAUACACGUCGCUGGCGACAGUGUGGAAAGCCCCUGAGUUGGAGAAGAAAUUGGCGGGCUGUCUGAAGGACUUCCCCAAGGCUUACGUUACUGUCUGCUUCGAUGAGAACCGAGUGACAAUCAUGACACCCCGGCGAGAUGUGAGACGGCUCCAGCAGAAGCUCCAAGCAGAUGGAUUCAUUGCCACUCAAGUCGAUUUCAACGGACGGUAUCACUGGUCUGGGAACGAGGACGCCUUACUUCCGUUGAUGAAGAUAUGUGCUGCUGAUCCAGCACUGCAGCUUCCAGGGAGAGAAAAGCUGGGCAAGACUGAGUAUCCUACCCACGAAUUCGUUCUCCGAUCAAUCCUCGUGGAGCAAUGUCAAUGGCUACAGACGUUCUCUAUAGUGCACAAGAAGCACCUCUCGGAUACCGAUGCAGUCAUCGUGGAAUUCGGCCCCGAGAGAUGUGUACCUCCAAACUUUCUUCGUUCUCUCUCUGGGAGGGUUAUCCAUUUUGCCGAUUUGGAUAUCGAUAUUUCAUCUCGGGUCUCGCCACUCCUCCAGACACCCCGCGUGUACGAUGAAGACAUUGCCGUAGUUGGAAUGGCGUGUCGUGUUGCUGGUGCAGAUGAUUUGGAAGAGUUCUGGAAGUUGCUAUGCUCGGGACAGUCGCAGCAUCAGGAGCUUCCCCUAGAACGAUACAAAGACUUCGAGACUCCGUGGAGGCCCGACGCCAUCCGGCCAUGGUUUGGGAACUUUGUUCGAGAUAUCGACGCUUUCGAUCACAAGUUCUUUAGGAAGGUUCCCCGAGAGGCGAUGUCUCAGGAUCCGCAGCAGCGUCUUGUCUUGCAGGUGGCCUAUCAGGCCUUGGAGCAAGCAGGAUACUUUCAGCAGGAUGAUAUCGACAAAAAUAUCGGAUGUUACAUCGCUUCCUGCACUGUGGACUACGAGCACAACGUGAACUGCCACCCAGCAUCCGCAUACGCUGCCACCGGACUCCUGCGGAGCUUCCUGGCCGGCAAGUUAAGCCACUACUUCGGAUGGAGAGGGCCAGCGUUCUGCGUUGACAGUGCUUGUUCGGGCUCCGCUGUUGCCCUACACCAAGCCUGCCAGGCCAUCCUGAAAGGCGACUGCACCGCUGCCAUUGUGGGCGGUGCAAAUGCAAUAAUGAGUCCGCUUGCAUAUGACAACCUUGCCGGAGCAUCUUUCGUGAGCCCCACUGGGCCUUGCAAGCCAUUUGAUGCCAAAGCGGACGGGUACUGUCGAGGAGAGGGCUUUGCGGCAAUAUUUAUCAAGAAGAUGUCAGACGCUCUAGCAGCCGGUGAUACGAUACUCGGGACUAUUGCCGCCACAGCAGUAGAGCAGAAUGCAAACUGCACUCCCAUCGUGGUUCCAGAUACUCAGUCCCUGGCUGGUCUCUUCAAGAAAGCGACCGCCCGUGCACACAUCCUGCCUCGUGAUAUCUCUGUUGUGGAGGCACAUGGAACUGGGACGCAAGCUGGAGACCCGGCGGAGUAUGCUAGCGUUAGGCAAUCCCUCGGAGGACCUCAGAGAAAAGCACCGUUGUUCCUCGGAUCUGUCAAAGGCCUUGUAGGUCACACCGAAGGGGUUUCUGGCCUGAUAGCUCUGGUCAAGGUGCUCCUGAUGCUCCAGGAAGGAAAGAUACCGCCACAGCCCAACUUCCAGACGCUCAACCCGCACAUAUCAACGUCGCAUGAUGACAAUAUGACUAUUCCUACGCGCUUGAUGCCGUGGGACGCCGGUUACCGUGCGGUCCUCAUAAAUAAUUACGGGGCUUCCGGGUCCAACGCAUCUAUGGUCAUUACACAGUCUCCUGCAUCUUCCUUGCAAGACUGCCAAUCGUCAAUACACACGCCGGGCAAUAGCCUCCCAUUCCGCAUGUGUGCUUCCGAUGAGAACAGACUACGUGACUAUGCUCAGCGGGUUCGCCAGUUCAUUCGUGAAAAGUCGAUCUCAGCAGGGAAUUCGGCCUCUCUAGCCAAUAUAUCCUACAACAUGUGCCGUCAGUCCAAUCCUGCUCUCGAAGCUCAGAUUGCAUUCCGAUGCGCAUCGCCGGAGGAGUUGGACAAUAACCUCACCGCCAUCAUCGAUGGGAGGGGUCCGCAGAUCACUAAGCUGAGAAAAUCAAGUCGCCCAGUGGUACUCUGUUUUGGUGGCCAGGUCUCGACGUUUGUCGGGCUAGACGGUGGCGUCUACGAUGCAUUCCCAUUGCUGCGUCAGCACCUUGAUGACUGCGAUACGACCCUGAAAGAAAUGGGCCAUGAAGGGCUAUAUCCUGGCAUCUUUGAACAUGCACCCAUCAAUGAUCAGGUGAAAUUACAGACCAAGCUAUUCGCCCUGCAGUACGCAUGCGCUCGGAGCUGGAUCCAGUCAGGCCUCUCUGUUGCUGCAGUGGUUGGUCACAGCUUUGGGGAGCUCACGUCGUUGUGUGUAUGUGGCGCUCUCUCCCUUGCUGACGCUUUAACUCUUGUGGCUCGUCGCGCAGCCAUUAUCCGAGACAGCUGGGGAAGCGACUCGGGGGCGAUGAUGGCAGUCGAGGCAGACCGUGUUGAAGUAGAGCAGCUACUCAAUGAGCACAACACUUCGUGUCCUAUUGGGGGCUUCCCUGCCAGCAUUGCCUGCUAUAAUGGCCCACGGAGCUUCACAUUGGCUGGGUCUACCAGUUCCAUUGACAAGAUCCAGGAUGUCAUCAGGACGAACCUCAGGUUCUCGCACAUCAGGACAAAACGUCUCUCUGUGACGAAUGCGUUCCAUUCCUCGCUAGUGGACCCUCUUGUCACUGAGCUCGAACACGUAACCGAUGGAUUGACAUUGAAUCAGCCAUCUAUCCACCUGGAGCAUGCUACUGAAAAUCCGUCGAACUGCACCAUCCCAACUACCUUUGUUGCCGAUCACCUUCGUCGCCCUGUUUACUUCAACCAAGCUGUCGAACGCCUCGCAGAGAAGUACAAGUCUUGUGUCUGGCUUGAGGCAGGAUCAAACUCCACCAUUACGUUGAUGGCGGCGCGGGCAUUGGGGUCCUCCGGCGAGCAUCAUUUCCAGGCCGUCAAUAUCACUAGUAACGCAGGCCUGCAGAAUCUCACCGACAGGACUAUCAGUCUCUGGAGGGAGGGCGUGUUCGUUCGCUUCUGGGGUCACCAUGCUUGCCAGUCCCCGGAAUACGGCCCUGUUCUUCUCCCUCCAUAUCAGUUUGAAAAGUCACGGCAUUGGAUGGAUAAUAAAAAGCUACCAUCCACUACGUCGCAUCCAACAAGUGCACAGGCAAGAGAGGAUGAUCUGAUUUGCUUUAUGGGUUACGAGGGACGAAACAAGGAGACAGCGAAAUUCCGCAUCAACACAGCUCACCCUCGCUACCAGAGUGCAGUAACCGGACAUAUUGUUGCACACACGGCGCCUGUUGCACCGGCAUCGAUUAUUCUCAACACCGUUCUGGAAGCCCUCUUCAGUAUACCCGAAGGUAAAGGAAUGGUGCCACAGGUUCACAAUGUUACAAGCGAUGCGCCGCUGUGUCUAGACCCGUCCAAGGAGCUUCAGAUAGAACUCACCACCCAGGAUCCAAAGCGACGCAUAUGGGACAUGAAGUAUAUCACACACGACCCGUCUAAAGGCCAGAAAUCAAGCCUUGUCCAUUGCCAGGCUCGGAUCAUUCUGUAUCAACCUGAUGAUGGCAAGGUAUCCAACGAAUGGGCCCAAUACCGCCGUCUCGUACCGCACCAUCGUUGCAAAGAGCUUCUCAAUAGCCUCGAUGUCGACGAUAUCAUCCAAGGUCGUGCGAUGUAUCCCUCGUUCUCCGAGAUUGUCGAUUACUCUGAGCAAUACCGCGGCGUGCAGAAACUCGUCGGCAAGGGGACCGAGUCCGCGGGAAGAGUGGUCAAGAAAUACAGCCCCGAGACCUGGGCAGAUCCAUAUCUGUGUGACUGUUUUAGCCAGGUAAGUGGUUUCUGGGUCAACUGCAUGACCGAUCGCGCGCCUACGGACAUUUAUCUUGCAAACGGCAUGGAGCGCUGGAUGCGCACUCCGAAAUAUGCAGAUACGGCGACCCCUCGUCCUGACAGUUGGGAUGUCUUUGUGAUGCAUCAGCGUCAUGAAGGGUAUUACAUGAGUGACAUCUUUGUGUUUGACCCCAGCACAGGGGACCUUGUCGAAGUAUUUCUCGGAAUGCAGUAUGCCCAGGUGGUGAAGACAACAUUUUCGAUGAUUCUCAGCAGGUUUGCCCCUGGGUGUGCUGUCCCCGUCACGAACCAAAUUGCUAGGGCUGCUGAAAAGUCUUCAUCUUCCUCGAGUCUACCAGGCCAUCCCAAGCCGCCUGUGACUGGUGUACCAAAGAAGAGAAAGUCGGACUUGGCGUCUCAUGUGAAGGCUAUUGUGGCGAACUUCUGCGCGAUGGACCCCAGUGAGAUCCAGGACGACGGUAACAUGGCAGAUGCAGGAAUUGAUUCCCUCAUGGCCAUGGAGCUUGCCAAGGAAAUGGAGGAGAAGCUCUCUUGCACUCUUGCCCCGACGGACCUCAUGGAAGCCGAUACAUUCCGGGAUUUAGUAAAGGCGGUUGAAUCGGCAUUGGGUGAAGAUGCUGAACAUGCGAGUACUACAAGCGAGGAGCCCGACGAAUCCAGCAAUGCGUCCAAUUCUGACCAACUACUCGCGACUCCCAUGUCCGAUUCAGUAACCAGUGUCACAUCAUAUGCUUCCGAACUGAAUAUUCCCCAUGACAUCGUCCUCGAGGCCUUUGGCGAAACCAAAGCUCUGACCGAUCGCUUCCUGGCCGAGAACCAAUGCAGUGGUCGUCUACAUGCCUUUGCUCCGUUGCAGUCUCAACUCUGUGUUGCUUUGACACUGGAAGCUUUCGAAGAGCUGGGUUGCUCGGUGCGUACUGCAGCUUCUGGUCAACGCAUGGCGCCUAUUACGUUUGAUCCUCAACACCAGGAGCUGGUGGACUAUCUGUACAAGAGGCUUGAAGAGGCGCGUCUAGUGGAUCUGGACGGAACUACUGCAGUUCGCACUGCAAUCAAGCCUCCUGUCAAGUCGAGCACGGCUAUAUUGGAAGAGAUCUCACGAGUCUACCCCGAAUACUCCGGUGCUAGUCGUCUGGCAUAUUUCACUGGGAGUAAGCUCGCUGCUGUGCUUCGCGGAGACCAAGACGGGCUGCAGUUGAUAUUUGGCACAAAGGAAGGCCAGGAGCUCGUCUCUUGGAUGUACGGUGAUGAGCCACAUAAUGUCGCCGGUUACAAGCAGAUGAUAGACUUCAUCCAGCGAGUAGUACACAAAUUGCAGAAGCCUGGAGCAUCUGGUCCACUCCGCAUUCUCGAAAUGGGAGCGGGCACUGGGGGAGGGACGAAAUGGUUCCUCCCAGAGCUCGCGAAGCUGGGGAUACCGGUAGAGUUCACUUUCAGCGAUAUUUCGCCCGCAUUUCUGGCGCAGGCGAGAAGGCGUUUCCGCGAAUACCCCUUUGUCCAAUACCGGGUGCACGAUAUAGAGAAACAGCCCGCAGACGACCUCAUCGGCACCCAGCACAUUAUCAUAGCCAGCAAUGCUGUGCAUGCCACAUCGAAUCUCCAGGAGUCUACGCGCCAUAUGCGCCGCGCGCUUCGGCCGGACGGUGUGCUCCUGAUGCUGGAAAUGACGAGGCCGCAGUUUGCCAUUGAUAUCGUGUUUGGUUUGUUCCGCGGAUGGUGGGUGUUUAACGAUGGGCGGAACCACGCUAUCACCAGUGAGGAACGAUGGGAGACCGAUCUUCACGCUGUGGAGUAUGGCCAUGUGGAUUGGACGGAUGGGCAUUCUGCAGAAGUGAGUGUGCAGCGAGUCAUCUUUGCCACUGCUUCUGGUCCGCAGCGUGAGAGACUGCCGCUUGGAGUGCCGAUGGUCUCCACUAAGCCAGCCGCCGAUAUGGACAACUCGGGCCGGCAACGCAUUGCAGACGGCUAUAUACAACGGACGGUGAACUCUUUUGAGGCGCCUACUGCUUCUUCUGCAGAAGAUGUGAAAGACGUAUGCGUGCUGGUAACCGGUACAACUGGAAGUCUCGGUAGCCAUAUUGCUGCGCAUCUCGCUCGGCUGCCGACCGUGACAUCGGUAUUUUGUCUCAAUCGACGUAUGACGAAGGGAAAUGCACUAGAUAGACAGAAGCGUGCUUUUGAGACACGUGGAAUUGAUCUCACCACGGAGGAGCUCGAGAAGCUUUCCGUCUAUGAGAGUAGUACGGCGGAUAUUAAACUGGGACUGAAUUCAACCAACUACAAAACGCUCGUCUCCUCCGUCACGCAUAUUAUUCACAAUGCCUGGCCUAUGAACGGCGCAUCUUCAUUAUCCAGUUUCGAGCCUCAAUUCUCGGUCAUGCAGAACUUGGUGCAUCUAGCGCGAGAUAUCGCCUGCGCACGACCAAGGGCCACCAAGGUUCACUUCCAGUUCAUAUCCUCCAUCAGCGUGGUUGGACAGCAACCCCUGAUCACUGGUCGUCCUGAAGUUAUUGAGGAGAGACAUGAGAUUGAAGCAGCCUUGUCUAACGGAUACAGCGAGGCCAAGUAUAUCUGCGAGCGCAUCCUGGAUGAGACCUUGCAUAAGUAUCCAGAUCGGUUUGCGACGAUGGUCGUUCGUCCUGGGCAGAUUGCCGGCUCUUCAAGCAGUGGCUGUUGGAACCCAAGCGAGCAUCUUCCAGCUCUAAUCAAGUCUUCUCAAACUCUCAGGGCGUUCCCGAAUUUCCAAGGUCUUCUUUCAUGGACUCCAGUUGAUGAUGCUGCAGCAACGGCAGUUGAAUUGCUCCUUUCAAACAAGGCUCCUUAUCCGGUCUACCAUGUUGAUAACCCCGUCCGACAGGACUGGUCGGCCAUGAUACAUGUACUCGCUGAUGAACUUAAUAUCCCCUCCGCCAAUAUCAUCCCGUUUGCACAGUGGGCCCAGCGCGUCAGGACGCUCCCCGGAAUGAAGGAAGACAACCCAGCCAUCGUGAUGGUUGACUGGCUGGAGAAGAACUUCGAGCGCAUGUCUUGUGGAGGUCUACUGCUGGGCACUAGCCAUGCAGAGGAGCAUUCACCCACGCUGGCUCGGGUGGGACCAGUCAGUCACCAAGUGGUUCGGAAGUAUGUGCAACGAUGGAGGGAAAUGGGCUUCUUGCACCAGUGA